AUGGGGGAUUACGGGGCCAUGUGCCCGGUGUUCCGACCCACAAGGGAGGAGUUCGAGCAGCCAUUCUGUGACUAUGUCAGGAAGGUAUUCCGGAAGCACCCAGACUUGCCCAUGUUCAAGGUGGUGCCCCCCCGGGGCUGGCGGCCCCGGCGAUCUGCCUUCCCCGAUUUGAGGAAGGUACAAAUCAACGUGCCUAUACGGCAACAUGUGUUUGGAACCAAGGUAGGCGGGGACCCGGCGGAAGGCUUGGGAGGGAUGGCAGUUGUGCUGGGGCCCGGGGAUGCCUCGGGGGGCGCCUACCGUUGUGUGUUUGUGGAGCAGAAGCCCAUGUCGGUAGCGGAAUUCAAACAGGCAGCGGAGGAGGAGACGGCACGGCUGCGAGGUGGCAGCGGCAGCAGCAGUGCAGCGGCAGUAGCGGCGGCAGCAGCUGCUGCUGCUGCUAAUGGGGCUCAUGCCGCCGGAGGUGGCGGCGGUGAGGGCGCGGGGGGUGCCGGUGCCGGUGGCGGCAGUGUCGGUGUGCGGUCCAGCACUCGUACGACAUCCGCUCGUCGUAACCGAGCGCCAUCCGAGUACGAAUCGAAUUCCAUCGUACAUCAGAAGGUGUCCGCAACAACGACUGAGGGUGAAGGAGGGAUUGAAGGCGGCGGUGGCCCGGGGUUUGACCCCGACGCCGUUGACCCUGACAUGGAGCGUGCCUUUUGGUCUAACGUUACCCUCAACCCGCCAAUGUACGGCGCCGAUACGCCAACAUCAUUUUUUGACGACAAGCUGCCGUACGGCUGGAAUUUGCAGCACCUGGGUGACUUGCUGCAGAACCAUCCAAUGGUGGACAGUGUGCCAGGUGUGACCACCCCCAUGACCUACUUCGGCAUGUGGCGGUCUUUCUUUGGCUGGCACAAGGAAGAUGCCGACCUGUACUCGGUCAAUUUCUUGCACUGGGGGGCGCCCAAGGUGUGGUACGGCGUGGCGCCCUCAGCGAAACACAAGUUUGAGCGCAUGGCGCAGAGCCUAUUCCCGGAGCUGCACCGCUCCUGCCCCGCCUUUGUACGGCACAAGGACAUCAUGUUGUCACCCUCGUGCCUGAAAACGUACGGCGUACCACACAUGAGGGCGUGUCAGAGGACCAACGAGUUUGUGGUGCUGAACGCGGCGGCCUACCACGCCGGCUUCAACUCGGGUUUCAACUGUGCGGAGGCCGUAAACUUUGGCAUGAAGGAGUGGAUUCCGGUCGGCAAGGCGGCGGUGCCGUGCCGCUGCAGUGCGCUCAAGGACGGUGUGCGCAUCAGCAUGAAGCUCUUCGACCCCAAGUGGGUCGACCCCUACGAGACGCCCUCCGAGUCGUCCUCCGCUUCGGAACACGAGUCGGAACCGGCAUCGGAGUCCGAGGAAGACGACGACGACGAGAAUGAGGAGGAAGAGGAGGAAGAAGAGGAGGGGAUGACGACGACAAAGAAGAAGAGGAAUGUUGCGGCGAAGCGGCGGCGUAUCAGCGGCGGUCGCCGGGCGGCGCCGGCCGCGAAGAAGGCGCGAGGAAAGGCGCCGGCAGCGGAGGCGGCGAAGGGGAAGAAGAAGAAGAAGACGAACGGGAAGAAGGGUCGUGGAGGCAAGAAGGCGGCACCUGAAGAGAGCAGCGACGAAGAUGGUGAUGAUGAGGAGAGUGGCAGUGGAGAUGAGGUGGAGGUGGAGGAGGAGAAGACGUCGCAGCGGGCAAAGCCGCAAAGGAGACGGACGCUGACUAAGAAGGCGGCGGCGGCGAAGGCUGAGGAGGCAGCGGCGGCAGCACGCGGACGUGGGCGGCCCACAUCGAAGGCCGCGGCGGCGAAGGCAGCACCAGGCAGUCGCGUCAAGAAGGCGGCUACGCCAGCGGCGAAGGCGGUGGCGGCGGCAGCGGCGGUUAAGAAAGCCAUUGCCAAGAGCCGCGGCGUGACAAAAAAUGUUGCCGGCAAAACCAAGACCGUCUCCGCGGCAGCGGCGAAGUCGGCUGCCGCCGCCAAGGCGAAGGCCACGGUUGCGGCAGCGGCAACGAAAGCGGUGCUUGCUGCGGCGGCGGCUAAGCGAGGCCCUGGCAGGCCGCGCAAGGCCGCAGAUACCCCCACAUCUGGGACUGUGGCGGCGGCGCCACAGCCGGCAGCUCCCGCUCGAGGCGGCCGCAAGCGCAAAUCAGAGGAGGAGGAGCUGGUGACGGAGAACGCGCCGGCAGAGGUGGUUGCACCUGUGGAGGGCCCUGGCGGCCGGCCGCGGCGAGCCGCCGCCGUCGCCGCCACCGCGGCAGCGGCAGCGGCGGCGGCUGCAGCCGCCGGGACCAGGAAGCGGGUGCGGUUGAGUGAUCCUCAAGGUACCGCUGCUGCGAAGGAGGAUAGCGGCGCGGCGGCCGCCGGCGGUGAAGGUGUAUUUGCUGGCACUCGGGCCGCUGCAGGCCGGCGAAGUAGUGCCACAAGAGCACAAAUAGGGGACUCUGGCGCGGAAACUAAGGUCGGCGCCCCGGAAGAAGGGGACACGCCCCCUUCCGCUCCAGCCACUGGUCGCAGCCGCAGCCGCGGCGGCCGCGUCGCAGCAGCAGCCGUGUCAACGGCGGCGGAGGAACCAACACCGCAGCAGCUUCUGCCUCUGCCGCCACAGCCGCAACCGGUGCCGCAACCAGUCGAUGUGCCUUUUUUUGAACUAAACGCCGAGGGUCGUGUGGUCAUUACUGCCGUCAAGCCGCGGUCGACGGUGGAAGCUGCCGCCAUGGCGCUCAAGGCUCGUACUAAUACGCCCUCCCAGGAGCCGGCUGUAGGCCCACCCAUGGCGAUUGUCGGCGACGCCGACGCGCCGUCGGGCCGCCGCGCUGCCGCCGCUGCUGCUGCGGCGGCGGCGGCCUCUGACAAGCGGUUCUUUUUCUUGGUCCAGCGACUGGCGCGACCUGCGCCCACGCCUGGUAAUGUUUUGCUCAGAUGGCUGAGGGAAGGUCGUGAUGGGCUGUUUCGACCUGUAGCUGGUAGCGUGUGGGAGGAGCCAGCGGGUGCGCUGUUACCCGUACGUGCUUUGGCCGUCACGAGCGGCGCUGCUGCUGGGGCCCCGGCGGCUGUCGCCGCCGCCGUCGACGGCGACAGCGACGGCGACGGCAGCGGCACGAGUGGCAGCGGCGGCGCCGGCGGCAGUGGCUGCAGCUCCUCACCAUCGCACUCGGAGGCCGGAAACGGACUGUCGCCGCCGGCUGCGGCAGCAGUACCGGCAGCAGCGGCAGCGGCGGAGGUGUCGUUCGAACCGGAGGCAUGGCGGCUGGUGACGCCGCGGGAGGAGAUUAUUGACGUUGAGUUGCGCAGAAAUGAAAAUCGAAAUGUAGACGAGUGGGAUUGA